CCGAGUCCCUUACGUCCACAGCGGUGUUGCACUGUAAUUGGGAGAACAGCCAUUUGCUAUUCUUAAAACUCAGCUCGGUGGUGAAGGAUUGGAAGAGAGCUAUCUGUUGUCCCUCCAGUCCUUUCAACUUGUCUGCAGCUUUGUCUGGCACUAUGUUUUUUGUGCUAGUUGAGACUUUGUGAGAGUAACUAGAAUUUAGAUUAAAUAAACGCUUUUUAUUAGAAGUCACGUUUAGGUCAAUCAUGAGCUCCAGCCUUGUUAACUCUUUAGCCAAGGUUUAUGAUCCAAACCCUCUUCACGGGCAGAAGCCAGGUGGAAGGAAGCUUUCUCUAAAUGGAUCAGAAAAGUCUCAAGCUGCUUCUUCCUCUUCUUCAUCAUCAUCCUCUUGCUCUCCUCAUGAUGUUGCCCUGCGAUCUGUGGAAAGUCGAAUGGACUUCCUGAGCUCUCAGAUGGAGCGUUUGCUCAACAUGCAACAGACUGUCUUGAUCAAGCUGGAUGGCCUGUCACAGGAUGUCAGGGGUAUGGGUUUGGAUCUAGCUUCAAUACGUGAAGAAAGCCAUGGAAAAAGCCGUGGGUCUGGGGUAGAAGCAGUAUGCAGGGAGCUGCAUGGGGCCAUGGAGAGGGCCAGUGAGCACAUGGAGAGUCAGGGACGCAGGUUGGAGGGGGUGGAGAAACUGGUGGAGGGCACCCAGCAGGUGAUAAGCUUCAUCGGUGAGGUGGUAAAGAGCUCCAGGUUGGUGGAGCUUCUGUUCAAACAGCCUGGACGGAAAGCCAACAGGAAGGCAAAGGAUGAUAAGGAAAAAGCCAAGCUGAGCCUGAAAGGUUUAAAGGCCCAGAAAAAGAGAAAACCGCAAGAAACGUCAGACACCUCCUCCCUGAAUGAGCCUGUGCUCCAGGAACAGGUGGAAAAGCUCAACAGGCAGAACACCGAGCAUUCGCACAUAAACAUAGAGGCUGAGGGGGAUGGAAGAAGUGGAAGACAGGAUCUGGAAACGCUGAUCCUUGAAGAACCGCACACCUCUGUUGCCCAGUCAGACGAAAGGCAGGAGGAGGCUGAGGAAAGGCAGGAUGAGGAAGGAGAGGGGGGUAUAUUUGAAGACUCUGAGCCAGAAGAACAAGAAAAAGAAGAAGAAAAGCAAAAUGGAGAAGAUGUUAGUCUUGAAAAUCGUGGAAAAGUGAAAGAUGAUGUGAAGACAACGCAUAGAGAAGAAUCAUCAAAAUCAGAAAAAGCCUGGCUCUGCAGGGCCUCUGUGCUUCAGUAUGACAGCUCCGAGGAGGCUGGUGAUGUGGCCACUUGUAGCAAACGCCACGUCCCGGAAGAAGACCUUGGAAAAGACGACCUCAAAAAGAGCCGGGUGGAGGACAGUAAAGUGGAAAGGGCUGAUGGACAGGUCGUAGAGGGAGCUGAGCCACAGGUCUCCAUAUCUGACCAAGCGAAGACAGAAGACGAAGGGGAGGCGGCGGAGGAAAUAAAGGAGUUUAUUAUUGACUCAAGUCCUCCACCGCUAGCACCUUUCGACCACCGCAUCGUUACUCCCAAACCCCACCAGAUCGCCACCUAUUACACUAUCAACAGAGAGGAGGUCCUGGGAGGGGGACGUUUUGGACAAGUCCACAAGUGCGUAGAGAACUCGUCUGGUCUGACUCUGGCUGCCAAGAUCAUCAAAGCCCGGAGCCAGAAAGAGAAGGAGGUGGUGAGGAAUGAGAUCCAGGUGAUGAACCAGCUGAACCACGCCAACCUCAUUCAGCUAUACGCUGCAUUUGAGUCGCGUAACGACAUCAUCCUGGUCAUGGAAUAUGUGGAAGGAGGGGAGCUGUUUGACCGCAUCAUUGACGAGAACUACAACCUCACAGAGUUGGACACGGUGCUAUUUAUACGGCAAAUCUGUGAAGGGCUGCAGUACAUGCAUAAAAUGUACAUCUUACAUCUCGACCUCAAGCCUGAGAACAUUCUUUGUGUCAGCAGAGCUACUAACAAGAUUAAAAUCAUUGACUUUGGCCUUGCCAGGAGGUAUAAGCCUAGGGAGAAGCUAAAGGUCAACUUUGGAACGCCUGAGUUUUUAGCUCCUGAAGUCAUCAACUACGAGUUUGUGUCAUUCCCAACGGACAUGUGGAGUCUUGGAGUCAUCACCUAUAUGCUACUCAGCGGCUUGUCUCCGUUUCUGGGGGAUGAUGACAACGAGACGCUGAACAACAUCCUGGCCUGUGAGUGGAACUUUGAGGAAGAGGAGUUUAAAGACGUCUCAGAUGAAGCUAAAGACUUUAUCACACGUCUUCUGGUGAAAAGCAAGAGCUGGAGGAUGAGUGCAACAGAGUCCCUCAAACAUCCCUGGCUGUCAGACCGGAGUCUGCACUAUCAACUAAAUCGCAAGAAAACUAAGUGCCACUCCACGCAUGGUCCUCCUUCAGAGAGUAAGACAAAAACUAUGUGAGACCCUCGGCAUGCCUUUUGAUAAUGAAAGGAGCUGGAGCCCAACACUGGACCAAUGCUGCUGUACCUGUGUAUGAACUUGAUAACUACUCUCCUCCAUCCGUCUUCUGCAUCGCUCCAUAUCUUGCAGUUCUGACUCCAGAUAGUGUGAUGCACGGUAAUAACAGACACUCCUAUUCUGUAGUGUCUGAAAACACUGAUGAUGAAGAACCCAAACUGUUGGACACAUAAAGGCCACGUGACCUGUCUGCUUCCACAUAUAUGACAGAUCAGCUGUGUAUAGCAUCAAACCAUCAUUGUUAUUCAGCCACAGUUUGUCAUAUUGUCCUGUUUUCUUGCAUGCUUUGCACUUUCUUCAUUUAUUUUCUCUAAGAGUCAGAAAACAUUUUUAAACACAAUAUAGACUGAAUUCUCUUAUUUGAAUAAUAUAUUUUUGCGAUUUUUUUUCUUUUAAUUUACAAGUCUUAUAAAAACGAAAUGUUUUUUUUCUUGAACAUAACUUUAAGUAUAUUUAGAAUUUGAUUGAAUUAGAAGUCAUAGCUGAUUAAUUUAUUUUGUGUACAGCACAGCACUGCAUACCCUCACUUCCCGUUGAGGAUUGACAAAAUGUUAGUGAUCAGUGAACCAGUGAAUAUAUCUUGGUUUGUGCCAUCGUUCACCCUAAUUUUUAAGCCCUAUCACCUUCUGUAUGCAUUUAUGCCGCCACCUUGUCUUGCUUCGGCAGUUUGGAGUAGCCCUUUCACCUUCCAUGAAGGCAUCACGAACAACAGAAUACUACCUGUGAAUAAUAUAUAUAUAUAUAUUUUUUCAUGACUGAAGUGGAUUCUUAUGUUCAUUUAUUUACUGGUUCAACACCAGAAUGUACUUGAAGAGCUUUUAUUCAAUAAGUGAUUUUUUUUCAAUGGAGAAGAGCAGGAUUUAAUGUAGAUAUGCACAGAUGGUAAGUGCAUCUGUGCAGCUCAGUUUGACGGAGAGCCAACAACAGAGCAGAGAAGACACCAGCCAUUGCUUUGUCAUCCCUUUCAAGGAGAUGAAAACUGAAUGUGACUUCAACGCUCAGUUGUUUGCUUUUCCAUUUGGAAGCAGAAAAGCUCUGUGAAUUCAAUACUUGUGCAUUUGAAUUUAUUAUUUCUUUUUCAGGUUUUCUUGUGCAAUUAUGAGAGAUCAGUAAUUAUGAAAUAUUAUUAUGUUAAUAAAUAACUCACACCAGACAA